GCAGAAUGCAUGGCAUGAACUGACUUUUUGUUCGUAGGAACCUGGCGGAGACUCCGAUCACUCUUAUUUACGACAGCGCAUUUGCAUCCUUGGCGAAUCUUCGAUCAUUAAAUCUCGCCGACACCUUGUUCACCGAUUUAAACGAUGAUGUGCUUGAACCAUUGACGGGUCUGGAAACAUUGGAUUUGUCCGGCUCCAUGAUCGAAAAUGUUUAUGAUUUCGCGUUCGAGUACAUGGCGAAUCUUCAAACCUUGAGUUGGUCUGGCAUGAAGGUUUCGACCAUUACCGAGAAUACGUUUGUCGGCUUGACCUCGUUGCAAAGCCUAGCUCUGGGCGGCGUGGCACUGACCUCGAUUUCACCAAAUGCAUUUUCCAUGCUCACAUCUCUCACAUCGUUAGCGUUCGCUCGCUGCGGCUUUUCCUCAAUCUCAUCCGCCUUGCUGUCCCCGUUGUCGAGUCUAGCAUCUUUCCGCAUUGGAUUCACUCCCAUCCCAGAUAUUCCAUCAGACCUCUUUACAAACCUCGCGGCUCUGACAGACAUCAAGUUCGAGUUUAUGCCAGUUACAAGCCUCCCGGCCAAUGUGUUUGCUGGACUUUCGAGUUUGCAAGAUUUAGAGCUUCGAUCACUUGAACUUUCAAGCUUGCCAGCAUCUGUUUUCGAUGAUCUCACUUCGCUGACGCGGCUGCUUUUGACCGACAACCAACUUACCAGCAUUCCCGUUGACCAGUUCAAAGAUUUGACGGCAAUGACUUGGCUCGGUCUGAUCGGCAACAACCUCACCACGCUGCCUCCAGGUUUGUUCAAAGACCUGCAGCAGCUGACGACAGUUGCCCUGGUGUCCAAUCCAUUCACGGGCGUUGCUCCUCCGAGUACGUACGGCAGUGCCCAAGUCCCCGAAAAGUGCCACUGGCAAUGCGCGACCUGUUUUGGUGCUGGUGCUGGAUCGUGCUGCCCUUCCAACUGUCUCAGUUGCACCGCUGCCAAUGUCUGCACCGCUUGCUAUAGCGCGAGUUACAUUCUGACCGACGGAUACUGUCUCAUUCCUGAGCAGCUGUCCGCCUCGAUAGCUUCAGCCUCUUCUGCAUCGGCGGGUUUGGCCACAUCCGCCUCCAUUGCUUCUGCCACUGAGGCGUCACUUGCGUCGAUGGCAUCCACCUCUGCAGCUUCAAUUGCAUCCAAUGCACCAAACACUGACAGCAACGACUCCUCCCUGUUGCCACUUAUCUUGGGCAUUGUUGGAGGAGCGCUGCUGCUCGCCAUCAUCGUCGCCGUGGUGAUUUGGCGCCGUCGACGAGCCGCCAAGCCUCUGGCUUCUCGAUUGUCGUCGUCGUCGUCGUCAAGUCCAUCCAGCACCAAUGUUUGGGUAGCAAAGGCUAGUCCGGCGGCUGAUCGUUCCAACGCGUACUCGGCCAUCCAUGCGACGCACAACCCAACAUACGAGGCGACUGGCAAUCCCACGUACGAGGACCUCAAUGUCCCCGCCAGCGGCUACGCGGCAUUGUCAGCAGCUGAACCCGUUUACCAAAGCACCGAGACUCCCACCGUGGUGUAUGCCGAGACCUCUACUGCGGCAAAGUCGUCCAACCAUACGUUUGGCGCAAAUCCUUCUGCCACCACCUACGCUGCAAUUGGUUCCACUGCGAACGAACCCGUCUAUCAAAGUACCGAGUCUGCGGGCUCUGCCAACUACGCCAGCCCGGAAAGGACUCCGACCUAUGCGGACACGUCCAUCGCGUCCACGAGCGCUGGUUAUGCGACACCAACUUCGUAUGCCACAAUCUCAUCGGACUGAUCCCUCAGCCAGCUUGCCGUGUUUGUUUGUCACCCCGUUGUUUCUUUUGCGUUGUCUCGUCCGCUCGUUUC